AUGCAAACUUUCUUCUUCUUCUUCUCUUUGAUUCUUUGUUUUGCUCUAGUUUCCUCUGAGACUCUCCAAGACGACAAGAAAGCUUUGCUUGAGUUCUUGUCCAUUUUCAAUCUAUCUCUUCACCGUUGGAACCAGAGCUCUCCGGUUUGUCACACCUGGACCGGAGUUUCUUGCAGCAAAAACCAAGAUCGAAUCACAUCCGUUAGAUUGCCUGGAAUCGGAUUCAACGGUCUGAUUCCACCUCACACCAUAAGCCGUCUCUCUUCCCUCAAGAUUCUCAGCCUCAGAAAGAACCAACUCACCGGAGAGUUCCCUUCUGAUUUCACCAAUCUCAAGAACUUAACUCAUCUCUACCUUCAACAUAACCUCCUCUCCGGUCCCCUACCAUCAUUUCUCUCGGAGCUAAAGAAUCUCAAGGUUCUUGAUCUGUCUAACAAUGAUUUCAACGGAAGCAUACCAACAACCUCUCUCUCAGGUUUGACUAACCUUAGAGUCUUGAAUCUUGCAAACAACUCCUUCUCAGGUGAGGUUCCUGAUCUUGAUCUUCCAAGGCUGACGCAAAUCAACUUGUCCAACAAUAAGCUCAUCGGCACAAUACCAAAAUCUCUUCAGAGAUUCCAAGCUUCAUCCUUUUCUGGAAAUGACAUCACAGAGAGGCAACAACAACACAAGACUCCAUUUGGGUUAAGCCAAGUUGCUUUCUUGCUGAUUCUAUCCGCAGCUUGCGUUUUGGGUGUGUCAGGGAUCUCCUUUAUUAUGAUUACUUGUUUCGGGAAGGCGAGUUGCUCCGGGAAGUUGCGGAAGAGAGACUCAUCUUCUUCUCCUCCAUCUAGAGACCAAAACACCGAAGAAGGUGGUAGCGGUAACGGCAACGGCAAGAUCAUCUUCUUCGGAGGAAGAAACCAUUCUUUUGAUUUAGAUGAUCUGCUGAGCUCAUCUGCAGAGGUUAUAGGGAAAGGAGCUUUCGGCACAACUUACAAGGUAACAAUGGAGGACAUGAGCACUGUCGUGGUGAAGCGGUUGAAAGAAGUCGUCGUGGGAAGACGAGAGUUCGAGCAGCAAAUGGAGCUCAUUGGCAUGAUCAGACAUGGCAAUGUAGCUGAGCUUAAAGCUUACUACUACUCCAAAGACGAUAAACUCGCUGUUUAUAGCUACUACACUCAUGGAAGCCUCUUCGAGAUGUUGCACGGAAACAGAGGAAUGUAUUGUAGAGUACCGUUAGAUUGGGAUGCGAGAUUGAGAAUAGCGACCGGAGCAGCGAGAGGGUUAGCUAAAAUCCAUGAAGGGAACAAUGGGAGAUUCGUCCAUGGGAACAUCAAGUCCUCAAACAUCUUCUUAGACUCGCAAAGCUAUGGCUGCAUUGGAGAUCUCGGCUUGACGACGAUCAUGAGGUCUCUUCCUCAAGCUUUUGGUUACCACCCGCCUGAGGUAACAGCAGACACGAGAAGAAGCGCGACUCAGUUUUCGGAUGUGUACAGCUUCGGGGUGGUGUUACUCGAGCUUUUGACGGGGAAGUCGCCGGUUUCGGAGACAGAGCACGGCGGUGAGAAGAUGAGUUUGGCUGGUUGGAUAAGGUGUGUGGUGGCGAAAGAUUGGACCGGUGAGGUUUUCGAUAUGGAGAUUUUGAGUGAGUCCGGUGGUUUCGAGGAAGAGAUGGUUGAGAUGUUGCAGAUUGGAUUGUCUUGUGUUAAUCUGAAGCAACAAGAACGUCCUCAUAUAGCUCAAGUCUUGAAAUUGAUUCAAGAGAUCCGAUCUGUUGAUGCAGAAGAAUGA